AUGGAUGGAUACAUACGGGAUGGUAUAGCGCCCUUGAAACGGUACUUAUCCACAGGCUCCACUUCAACUCAUACAAUAAACACAUCAAAACAGUAUAAUUCAAUAUCAACCUUUUGGGAUUCAAAUGAUGCUGAUGCAAAUUCCAAAAUAAGGAGAAAUUCAGAUACUUAUGGAGAUGCAAUGGACUGGGGGAUCGAGAAUUUGGAUGAAAUUGAUGGUUCAAAUACAGAAAUAUCUCAUAAUGAUCAUGAUAUAAGUUCACCAACUUUAAUUAAUGAGUUCCCCAACUAUUCAAAUCAUGGAGAUGAUCAGAUGAGUCGUGAUAAUGAUUUUGAUGGAAUGACACCUCAUAUAGAUGAUAAGUUCUAUGACUGGGGUAUUAGUCCCAAGAAGAAUGCAAAUAACAAUUUAGGGAAAUCAACAUUAAGAAAUAUAUUUGAUGAGCUGAUGAAGCUAAAUCACGAACAACAUUUGAAAAAUCUUGAAUUUUUGGAUGAGUUUAGAUAUACUGUAAUUACAUCACAGUUAUUGGACCAGACUAUACUAGUAUCAAAGUUUCAACAGAUGAAGAAACAAAGUUCAUCUAAACUAUUGAAACAUAAUAAAACUUUCUACAAGAAUGGACUACUCAUAUCGUUGAAUCAAAAUUUCCACAUACAAUCAUUUUUAUGUCCUUUCAAUAUCGUUAAUAUUCUUGGUGUAUUGUCUCAUCUUCAAAAACAUAAAGGUAAUUACCAGAAUUCACAGAUACGGCUUGUUAUUAUCAUAUCAUUGAUUAUUUUAAAUGCACAUACAAUAUCACAUACACAGUCAUUAGACCUUAUACAACACAAGACUUUGAAUCAACUAAAGAGAUUCAUUAAAAUACAGCAAAAAUUCGACUUACAAGAACAAAAGUUAAUAACAAAGUAUAAAGAAUUAAAGCUUUAUAAUAAUAUUUUACCAAUUCAACAACAACAUUCAAGUGAAGACCCUUCCCAAUUAUUUGACCUGGUGUCAAGUACUAUAAUAGUGGCAUCAACUUCAGUAAUAAAUUCAAUUCACAAGAUUUUACCAUAUGUUAAUGGGUAUGAAUUAGAGAAUUAUUGUGAGCUAUACAACAUCGAGUUAACACAACUUGGAUUUGAGACAGAGAAUCUCAAGCCUUUCAAUAUUUCAGAGAGUGAGUCAUCAAUUGAUCAACUUGUCAAUAAAUUUAGAAGAUUUCAGUACCUUAGAAGAUUUUUGAUCGUUUUGUUUCUUGCAAUGAAUCAUCAAUUCUCUACUCAUUCACCGUUUUUAAUGAAAGUAUUUGGAAUUUUUCAAAUAAAAUCAAGACUCACUUGUUCAAUUUUGAAGAGCUCUGUUUUAGUCUCCCAAAGCUUGGAGUCAUUACAAGAACUAAUAUCUGGUUUGGUAGAAUCACUAUCUCAAUUUCGUACAAUUUCAGACAAUAAAGUUGAAUUCAUUGAACCUAGCUCACCAUCCGUUGAUCAAUUGAUGAAUAAGAUUAAAGAAUUUGAACUACAAUUAAUUGUUCUACGCAGAGAUCAUUCCCCACAACAGUUAGAAGAAGCUGGUCAGACAUUGAGUUCAUUACAACAGUUAUAUCAAAGAGAGAUUAGACAAUUUCAAGCUCCAAAACAAAGAUCUGUUUCAACACCUUCAUCUUUAUCAAUAGAAAAAAGAAAACGAUUUUCAUUACCAAAUGCUUCAAAUUAUUCAAAUUUACAAAUUCAACAAUCUCCACAAAGAUCACAACGUCCAAAGACUACUCCACAUAAACAUUAUAAGAGAUUAAGCACAGGAUUUGCAUUACCUUUACUUACAGUUACAGAAGAAGAUGAAGGUUCUAAAAGGGCUGUUUCAUAUGAUGAUAAUUAUUUAAAUAUAAUGCCUACCUAUAAUACGUUCAAUUCAGAUGAAGACUCAAACCAGAUCCAACCUCAAAUUUCUCAAAUUAAUCAACAUUACAUUCAAGACAACAAUUUGUUAUCAAACGAUGAUAGUGUUAUUUUUACAUCAAAUGGUAACAAUGAAGAAGAUGAUAAAGAUGAUGAAGAAGUUGACAGUGAAGAAUUCAAAAGAAAAUUAGAAUUGAACUUUGCAAAAAUGAUUAAUGGUAAUUCUAAUCAAGGUUCAGAUGAUACAAAUGAUGAUGACAAGAACGAUGAUGACAAUGAUGAAGUAAACUUGAAUAAUGAAAAAAUUGAUACACAACAAGGUGUUAAUUUAAUGGAUGAGUUGAAAAUGUCAUUCAAUAAGAAAUAA